UCCGGGCAAAGCGCGACGCGGCGCGGGAGGGCGAGGAGGAACAAAGAUGGCGGCCGGAGCGGCAGGAGCCGUUGCCAUGGCGUCGCGGCGGCGGGCCACAGCCAAGGGGAACCCCAGUGCAGUCAGCCACCUCCGUGAGGUGUGAACGAGGGGCCAGCAGAGUUGAGAGGCACUCCGCUUGCGAGAGGGCUCUUCACCUCCUCCUCUCCACCAUGCCCCAAGCGUCGGAACAUCGCAUGAGCCGGGCUCGAGAACAAGCCGUCAUCACCUCCCAGCCGAAAGCCACCCACAAGCUGCUCAAUGGGUGCCGGGCCCCCAGCCAAGAGCACCGUGCCUGCUGCUCCUCUUCCGCCCUCUCCAAUGGGCUCUCCACCCUCAACACCACCGCCGCUUCCAAGCUCCGCCCUCUGCCCCCCCGGCCGGGCAACGUGGAGGAACGGAGCAAGAAAAUGGAGCUGGAGCGCGGCAGGGCCUCCAAGCGGGGCGAGGUCCCCCGCGGCACGUCGUCAUCCCGCCGGGGACCCCUCAAAGCAGACCACGCCCUCCGGGUGCCCAGCUGCCCGCAAGCCUGCACAGUCUCCAGCAGCAGCUCGUUCAGCAUGCCUCCCGGAGUUCUCCUGGGCGGGCCGGACUCCGAGUGCCGGCAAAGCAACCUGCUGCGCUCCAAGUCCAUCAGCAUCGGGGACUUGAGCCAUCCGGGCAGCCGCGGCGAGGAGCAGCUGAGCCUGGCGCUGAACCGGCUGACCCUCCAAGACCGCAGCCCAUCUUGCAGUCACAAGCUGGGCCUGGGCGCCCUGGCUCUGAAGAGGAGCUCGUCCCUCCGCAGGGUCAACGUGACGUCCGGCCUCGACGGCCGCCCUGCCGCUCCGCUCCUCUCCGUUCGCACGGAAGGCUAUCUGAGGACUUGCAACAUAGACCCGCAGGCCCUGGAGUACGGACGUCCGCAGGAUAUCCUGAUGACGACGAGCCCGCCUUCAAACAGGACUCCGGUUCUGAGCCGACUGGAAGACAAAGCAACAACCACCCAUCACACACUCCUCCUAGGCUCUGGGCACAUAGGUCUACGCAACCUUGGCAACACGUGCUUCAUGAACGCGGUGUUACAAUGCCUGAGCAGCACCAAGCCCUUACGAGACUACUGCCUCCGUCGGGAAUUUCGGCAGGAACAACCUUGCACGCUCCGGACCCAGCAGGAAUUGACGGAAGCCUUUGCAGAUGUCAUCGCCAUGUUGUGGCACCCCGAUACCACCGAGGCCGCCAACCCCAGCCGCUUCAAGUCCGUCUUUCAGAAAUACGUCCCAUCUUUUACAGGAUACAGCCAGCAAGACGCUCAGGAGUUUUUGAAGUUCCUCAUGGACCGACUCCACGUGGAGAUCAACCGGAAAGGCCGCAAAAGCCCCUGCAUUCUCUCCGACGCCAAGUGGCCCUCAGUCCUCGAGGAAUCUGAAAUGUUCAGUGACGAUGAGCAAGCUAACCAGAUGUGGAAACGCUACUUGGAAAGAGAAGACAGCAAAAUAGUAGAUCUCUUCGUUGGCCAGCUGAAGAGCUGCCUCAAGUGCCAGGCCUGUGGCUAUCGGUCCACCACCUUCGAGGUUUUCUGCGACCUCUCCCUGCCGAUCCCCAAGAAAGGAUUUGCUGGCGGGAAGGUCUCGCUGCUCGACUGUUUCAAGCUUUUCACCAAAGAAGAAGAGCUGGAUUCGGAAAAUGCGCCGGUAUGUGACAAAUGCCGACAAAGGACUCGAAGCACCAAGAAGCUGACCAUCCAGCGUUUCCCCCGUAUCCUCGUGCUACAUCUCAACCGGUUUUCCACCACCCGCUAUUCCAUUAAGAAAUGCUCUGUCUAUGUGGAUUUCCCCCUCCAGCAGCUGAACCUGAAGGAGUUUGCCAGCGAAAAGGCUGGCACCCCCGUAUACAACCUGUACGCCUUGUGCAACCACUCCGGAAGUGUCCACUACGGUCAUUACACAGCCUUCUGCAAAGAUCAGUCUGGCUGGCGUGUCUUUAACGAUUCCCGGGUGUCCCCCAUCAACGAGAACCAGGUCCCUUCCAGCGAAGGUUACGUACUUUUCUACGAGCUGGAUGACUUGCACUGGAAGAAACAAUAAAAAAAGGAAGGAAAAAAACAGGGAGAAAAAAAGAAGUAUUGAUUCCCGGCCCUUUUCGACCACGAAGCCCCUCAGACUGGCGUGUGGGCUCUUUUAAACCUUCAGAAGAAAGGGAAGGGGGAAAUAAAAGCAGUGGUGGAAAAAAAAAGAAUUAAUAAAACCCAGGAAACGAUUACCACGUGAGGAGUUUGGUUCUCCCAACGCUUGGAUCGCCGCUUCUGGUUUUUUCCCCUACCUUUUUAAA